UCACUCUCAUUUGAUUAUUAAAUUUCUCACAAUAAUAGAGUUGAUGAAAUCGUGUGUAUGAAUGUCAAGGUGGAACCAUUUUCUCCUAUUUUUUCUAAUCUAAACAUUUGUCUUUAACGACCCCCUUUCAUUCCAUAGUUACCAUUUCUACCUCUUUCUUUUUUCUCCGAUUUUGCACAUCUCUCAUUUUCUUCCCUACGCUGCAACAUGGCGAGAAGCGCUUCUCAAUCUCAAUCCACAGCUUCGGCUGCCACAACGCGACCAGGCGUCAUGGCUCCCCGCGGCUCCGCCGCCGCUACAGCCGGAAUGCGCCGUCGCCGUCUCGGUGGUGGAAACAGCUCCAGCACAAGCUCCGUCGGAGCAAACUCCAACGCCGGGAGCAACAUGCUGCGAUUCUACACCGACGACGCACCUGGCCUUAAGAUUUCACCCACGGUGGUUCUCGUAAUGAGUCUCUGCUUCAUUGGAUUCGUCACCACUCUUCACGUGUUUGGAAAACUCUACCGUUAUCGAUCUGCCCCUGGUGUUUGAUCAUUCCAUCGAUCUCUCGUAUAUCUGAUAUUACCGGUUUUGGAUCUGAUGCAUGAUUUUCUGAAACAUGCGUUUUUUUGUUUCUUUUAUUGAUUCAAUUUAUAUAAUUUUAUUUUCUUUGUAAAUUUUCCUUGGCUUUCAGCCUUUAAUUAAGCUUUCUGUUUUUGUUUCUCUGAAAUUAUUGAAUCUUGUUGCUGUUAAUGGAAGUCAAUUUUGACCUUUUUAUGUAAAAA